AUGACAUUUGAGCCAGGAGCAAAGAACUUCUACUUCGUAUUUUACAGGUUUUUCAUUAGUUUUUGCCAAUAAUUUCUCAUGAAAAUACCAGUCGAGUACUCAUUCUAAUUGUUGUGCAUAAUGUAAUCAACUGUUGAACCCUCGGUAGCUUUUCAUCUGCAAGUUCUAACAGGUCUUCUUCCAGAGGCAAAUUUUUGCUGAUGGAACCUCUCAUCCAAGUGUCUUCAUUCCGGGAUAUAUCAUUGAAGCAGUCCGGCCGUUCUAAUUAAAGCUCUACUUUCUGUGUUGGUUUUUCGUUAUCUCUCAAUACAUUAAAAUUUGUGUGUCAAUGUCUCUUUUGAACACUUGAAACAGUCAUCAUCGAAAGUCGUUUGAAUCGUUUUACCCAAUGUUUCAUCUUUAUCAGUAAAAGGAUGAUUUCCUUUUUAUAAUUACGCACUCAUGCAGUAAAACCAGUUAUUCUUAUCAGACUGAGCUCAUUGCACUUAUUGUUGACGGUGAUGGGGGCUGAUGAAGCAUCAAGUAAUUUGCAUCAUCCAAAGGAUCCCAGUAAUGACGCCAAAGGGCAGAAAGAAUCGCACAACUCUACACGGGCAGAAUACUUUGUUAAUUUAGAAAAAUGGUUGAACAGUUUCUAUGUUUAUCAAAGUCUGAGAGCCACGCAACCUUACUUUCUAUUGUAUAAUCAGUUCAACAGUGUUUCGAAUGGAGGAUUCCUGCCCUGGCCAACGAACAACCUUAACAUCACAAGACAGUUUCAAACAGCCGCGUCAGGCUAUCUUAAUACUCCUAGUGCACAACAAGGUUUACAAUGCCAUAUUCCUCCUUUGUGGAAACGCCUUGCAGCCGAGUUACUGGACUUUUUUGUCCUCUUCUUUGUGAAAGUUGUAAUCACCUUUGUCGUUGUAGAUUCUUUUGAUUUGAUAGACUUGAACAAAUUUGAUCUUGAAAUUAUUCAGAAAGAUUUAAAGUACGAUAAUCAGGCAGCGAUGCAAGUUCUUUAUGAAAUCGUAUUACUGGAAGGAAUUCAUCGAAUAGUUGUUUGCUUAUUUGAAACUUUCUGGUUGCAAAGCGAAAUUGGACAAAGACUUGGAGGUGCGACCCCUGGAAAAAGUCUUCUUGGAUUGCGAGUGGUUGCGUGUGACAGAAUAACUCCAGUUCAAGGUGAUGAAGUGAUCGUAUACCCAGGCAAGAAUCUAACGGUUGCACGUGCAUUCUAUCGAUCAUCAAUGAAAAACCUAGUACAUGCCAUUUUUAUACCAGCAAGUUUAGGAUUUUUAUAUUUUCAGUUUAACCGAUUCGGGUAUGAUGUUCUGUGCGGCACUGUUGUCAUUGAGGACUCUCCUUCGAUAAGAGACCGCUUACAGCCGAGAUAAUUUCAUACAAGAUGGAAAGAAUUAAGUUACCAAAAAUGAUGUUGGUAGAAGUUUUGAUUUUUAUUAACCGCAGAAAAAUUAUUGCUUUCCUCCGUUUCUUAGAGGAGGAAAUCAUGAAAUGAUUGUAUGAAAAAUUCGACAGUGCGGCUGCAAUGAGGGUCUAUUUAAAAUAUUGAUUCAUUUUUUGGAGAUGCUCUCUGCUGAGAGUUUACCUAUUUCAUUCAGCUCGUGAGGGUUUUUUUUUGUUUUCGUUCUAAUAUUUUGUUUUCUUGUCUAAUUUUCUCUCUUAUCAAUUUUUGAAAAUUGAAUUCCUGAAGAUAAAUAAGUAGAAAAAUGAAAUGAGAGGGAGGAAAAAUUAGUGUCAUGUUACCAAUACAUAUUUUCCUAGUGUUUUGAAAUAGGCUCUCCACUCCAUUGACUUAUAACACAAUCUAGACCACGCACUAGACCCGACUUCAGGCGGGGGAGGUAAGACAGCUAAGGGGGUAAAUCAGUGUAAAGAUGGUAAAGACGCGCCUUCAGCUUAGUUGAUACAGCCGGAUAUACGAAGCGCACCAGGCAAUGGCACAGGCAAGAAUGGCAUUUUCAUUGUCUCAGUACAUAUUGGAUUGCUAUAUGUACUGAGACAAUCCGCGUUGCCUAUCGUUUUGCCGAAAUUUCGGAAUGCGUGGUCUAGAUUGUAUUAUACGUCAAUGCUCCACUCAGAUGACAGUAUCUUUAUUUUCAGUCAAUUCUAAUCACUGCACUGCAUCAUGAAUUUGUAUUGGGUCUUUGCAUAAAUCAUACCAAAAUAGAAAUAUCCCAUUUUAUAGUGUUUUUUUAAUAAUGUUUAGAGGUGCGUCAACUCUCAAGGGGUUUCAAUUGGGGCUUGAUCUGCCGUUUACUAGAAUUUUGAUCUAUGAUUUUUUAAAGCUUUUUAUAGAAGCAUAUUUUAUCAUGAAGCACGUACCACACAUCAUGAUAUUUGACUCUCUCUAGAAUUUAUGUUCACUUAUCUAUUAGUUACAAUCAUCUUGAUUUGCGCAUUGGGCACCAUUGAUCAUACACCACUCGUAACAAAGCAAUCAAGGAAUUUUAGCAAGAUAAGGCCAUUGCCAAAUAAAUUCUUGGAACAAUCCUUCCUUAUCUUCUUCAGAUUGUCCUCCUAAAGAAGUUAGGAUUUGUUGGUCAUUAGUAUUCAAUUAAUCAGUAUAUUGAAUUAACUGAUUUUCAAUAGAAGUUUUCAAAUUUCUAACAAAAACAAAAAAACAGAAAUGAUGUGCUGUAAGCAUAUGAGGACUUAUAUGGAACAAUAGCGGAUGUCGAGUUUUCACAUUGUGAGAAAUUGCACUUGAAGUUUUCGAAGCUUUGCACUUUGCCGCCCAUAGAAAUGAGAGGAUCCUCACAAAGAUUUUCAUGAAGAGAAACUUUCCCUGUAAAAAACAUGCGUUUUACUAUUAAUGUAAGUAAAAAAUUGAAGGAGUAACAGGGGUUUGAAAAAAUGUAACAUCCGCUAUUUUUACUGAGAACAUUUUUUCAAGCAUGAAACAAGAUUUUCAGGAAGGGUAAGGCUGGUGAAACAAUUGAAAUGAACCGAAAAUAAGUCAAUGCUGAGUCAUUUAAUAAAAUUGAACCAAAAACUAAACCGUUUGUAACUUCUACAACAAAAAUAAGGAACAAAUUAUAAAAUCAGUUAAAAAAUCAAAAUUUCUGAGACAGUCCCGACACGUAUCAUUUGAGUGUCAGCUGCAGCUCAUGGCUAGUGCGUAGGCAUUUAUCGCAAGUGCAUUUGAAUCUCCACGGUGUCCUACCUUGCCGGCUGGGGAGAACAGUAGAUUCUCAUAUCCGCUGUUUUUAAAAAUAACGUGGUUUUCAGUUCAUAUCUCACCGAAAAAUUGCGCUGGAAGUCUGAAACUUUGCACAGGCAUUCUUGAGGGCUCCAGUCUUCGAAAAAAGCGUUUUCCCUAAAAAUGACGGAUGUCAGCAACCGCUAUUGUUAUAAGUCCUCAUAUAGAAUGCACAACUUAUACUUUCUAAACAAUCUUCAGCAAAAUUUUUAUAACUGCUGAUGCUUGGCAUGUUAAUGAAUCAGUUCAUUCCCCUCCCUCGUUUGCACUGUUAUGGUUGAAAAUUAACCACAAAAAAGGUAUGUACUAAAAGUAGACACUAUCACCAAAAGAAAAAAUUCUCAGUUACCGUUUCCAAAAUCAAUCCUCUGUUCCAUUGAAAUGUAUUUAUUUUCAUUUUAUUAUGCAUCAUAUAGCUUGCCUCCACUCAAAUUUAAAUAAGGGUGGUCUCUAAUGCUUGAACAAAAUUAUAUGUUGCAUGUAAGUAUAGUUUAAUUUGCAUUGUUAAAAUAUUACUAGUUUGAGGCCAAUCUUAGCUGUUCCUCAGUCUACUAUUGUAACGAUACAACAAGACACAACAACCUGGAAGAAAAGCAAAAACCACUUUCAUGACAAAGUGCUUUUUCCUCUCAGUUUUAGAUAUUCCGAUUUAGUCCCUCUUGCAACAGCGAGCGGAGACAAGCAAUCCUUUCUGAACUGCAUCAAUUUAUUGAUUCAGAAUUGUAUAAUUGUCAAAAAAUUAGCUCAUCUAUUGAGGAGAAUAGGUCAGUUGCGCUGAUCAUAGAAUCAUUUUGAUGCUUAAUCCUUGUCGAUCAGCUAAAAAUAUUAAGACCCGUCCAAACAGCAGCUUUCUACGUUUAACGGAGGUACAUGCUUUGAAAAUUUCGGUAUAAGACGUCAUCAACUGCGGUAGUGACACGCUUGGUUUCUUCCAUCUUGCUUUCAUCCGUGUGACACGCUAAGUAACCUGAGCCAAUAAGUGUUUCCUUGACUGAUGAGAGCAAGGUGGAAGAGACCAAUGAUGUCACUACUGCAGUGGAUGAUGUCAAAAACCGAAUUUGUCUUCAACGUAGAAGGUUGUUGUUUGGACAGAUCUUUUUAUUUUUAGCUGAUCUGCAAGAAUCAAGUAUCAAAACAUGAUUCUAAGACCCGCGUAACUGACCCAAUGAAGAAGAAAGUCAAUCAUUAAAUUUAUUUUCUCCAUAAGUUAAUAGUUUGAUGUAUAUAGGUAUAAAGUGACAAUAUAGUAUAGGCUGUACAACAAGUUUAGCCUGAAAUUUAACAGUGUUUUGCGUUAAUAUGAUCCUACUGUAUGAAGCAUUAGGCGAUCUGACAGCAGUGAUCGUCGAAAAGCUCUUUCUAAAAAGUCUUUAAAGAAUGGUUAAAAUUUUCAAAUAAGGAAACCCUUUUUGUAUAUUCUUUAAUAUUGAGGUGCGUUGUUUUUAUUCCAUUUUUCUCUUUUUGCGGCAAACUUAUGAAACUUUAAAUUUAUUUUUUUCAAGUCGUACAACUUUCAUGAAUUUGCACUAGUGGUUAGUCUUGGAAAUAAUAUUGAUCUCAGGUGUUUAAUUUUUUCUGUUUUAAGCGAUUCCUUUAAUAUUCCUUUUCAGUCAAGUAGGUGCUCUGCAGAUGAUAUCAGAACCUAUUAUUACUUCUUGAUUUUAAAGCCAAUAAUUCCAUUCUAAGUUUUAGUGUUUAGAAUGUUGUAAUUGUUUGCAUUUGACAAAUUAAAUAUUAAAUCUGUUCUACUACUCAUUUCUUCCCGGGGUUUUUGAUCAUUUUAAAAUAUGUAACAAAGGAUUCUUGAGUAAGUAAAAGAGCAUUCUUUCACUGUCAGUAAGAAAUAACUUCAACAGGUUUUAAGAGUGCGUCUUAGAAUGAUUCCAAUUUUUCCAAGCAGGCUUGAUAAAGGCUAUCUAGGUAUAUGUUUCUGUGAUUGUUGCCAAAAUAAAUAAGUGCUCCAGUACCUA